UCAGUGGCAUGUGGCUUAUCUCCAGAAGAUACCCGGUUCCUGCAGUCCACAGGGGAACAGUGUAUAGAAUGAGCUGGCCUGGUUUGGAGCUCCAUCAGUCUAGAUGCUACUCUUCUGGAGGAAGAAAGGGUUUUAUAUCAGGUUUUGUUGAGAACAUCAAACAGGAAUUAGCAAAAAACAAGGAGAUGAAAGAAAGUAUUAAAAAAUUCCGAGAUGAAGCUAAAAAGCUAGAAGAAUCCGAUGCGCUUCGAGAAGCAAGGAGGAAAUAUAAAACCAUUGAAUCUGAAACAGUGAAGACCUCAGAAGUGAUUAAAAAGAAACUUGAAGAAAUAACUGGUACAGUUAAAGAGAGUUUGGAUGAAGUAAGUAAGAGUGAUAUUGGUCGAAAGAUAAAGGAAGGUGUGGAAGAAGCAGCAAAAACAGCAAAGCAGUCUGCGGAGUCAGUGACAAAAGGAGGGGAGAAAUUAGGCAAGACAGCAGCCUUCAAAGCCAUUUCUCAGGGAGUAGAAACUGUCAAGAAGGAAAUAGAUGAAAGUGUUUUAGGGCAGACUGGUCCUUACAAACGUCCGGAGCGACUCCGAAAAAGAACAGAGUUCUCAGGCGAGAGGAUUAAGGAGGAGCGGAUAUUCGAAGCUAAUGAGGAGGCCAUGGGUGUGGUGUUGCACAAAGACUCCAAAUGGUACCAGCAGUGGAAAGAUUUCAAGGACAACAAUGUGGUCUUCAAUAGGUUCUUUGAGAUGAAAAUGAAGUAUGAUGAAAGUGAUAACGCGUUCAUUCGAGCUUCCAGAGCUGUCACAGACAAAGUCACUGACUUAAUAGGUGGAUUGUUCUCGAAGACGGAAAUGUCUGAAGUUUUGACAGAGAUACUCAAAGUGGAUCCAUCCUUUGACAAGGAUCGUUUUCUGAAGCAAUGCGAGUACGAUAUAAUCCCCAAUGUCUUGGAGGCUAUGAUGUCUGGAGAGCUGGAUAUCCUCAAAGAUUGGUGCUACGAAGCGACUUACAGCCAGCUUGCUCACCCAAUCCAGCAAGCCAAAGCCGUGGGUCUCCAGUUCCACUCCAGGAUUCUUGACAUUGACAACAUUGAU